CGAGGGGAGGACGCCCUGGUGUCGGUGCUAAUGAGGCUGGGGGCGGGCGGGGGGCGGGGGCCUCUGAGUCCCGGGCAGGUCUCGGGGCCUCCCGGGGAAGGCCCUGGGAGCCCUUGGCCCUGGCGGCCUCCGCCAUCAGACUGGGAAUGUCUCCGAUUGGGCGGCCAGGAGGCGGUGAUCCUUCUCGCUGCCCAGCUGAGGGGUGUCGUCUUCCGCGAAGUUAGGGUCUCGCCUGGGAGGCAGGGAGGGAGGGGGCUGCUUGAGGCCCUGGGCUCCUCAGAGGCCGGCACACCGUCUCACCCUGUCUCACCCACAUUCCUUCGCGUUUCCCCGCCGAGUGUGGAUUUCCAAAACCCAUCCUCACUCCCGUCCUUCCUACACCCCAAGUCAUCCCUGUUCCCAGCUCUGUUUCUUGCCCUCCCAUGGAGGACUUUUCUGCACCUCAGGCUUGUCCUAGGGCCCUGAGACCUCCCUACGCCUAGGUCUCUUCAUCUGUUACAGGGAGGUGAUGGAAACUGGGCCCACCCGACUGCUGGUCAAAUGCCAGGGUUGCUGUGGUUCCAACCUUGCAUGUGGAUUCUCCUACCUGAGCCAGGAGUCAGGAAAUCAGGGUUCUAGUCCAGCUGGGAAUUGUCCCAGUGUGAACUGGGAGUAAGAGUUCCUGCCCUCUGACCUCUCCUGGUGGCAAUGGGGACCAUGUGAGAUGGUGUAUGUGGCCGUGAGCAAUACCCACCUGUGGGGGGAGGUGGGCGAGGACACCUGCAGCUCCUUGAACCCAGCACUUGUUUCUUCCAGGCCUUUGCCCAGGCUGUGGGCUCUGCCUGGAACCCCUUUUCUUCCCACUAAAGCCCUUCCCUUCAGUGCCUCUUCCUCUCGGAAGCCCUCUCUGGUGCCCAGCCCAUCCUCUUCUGCCCCCUCUCAGUUCUGCACCCCAUGCUGAGGCCCAGAUUGCCUGCUUUGCACACAGGGCUGUGAGCUCCAUGAGGGCAGAAACCACACGGCUCUUCACAGCUGUGUUGCCCGGGCCUGGCCUGGAGCCCCUCAGGAAGCGAGACAUCUGAAUCCUCUGUCCUGUGCCCCUGUCAGCCAGGUAGAGCCACCUUGGCCAGACCACCCCGGCUUGGAGCAAGCAGCAAGCCGUAGCUCCUCGUGGGUGGGGAACCACGUUUCCCCGGCACAUCAGCAGGCCGUAAGUGCUGCAUGAAUGCUUGCCUCUGCCCUCAGAGCACUGAUGCUCAGGGGACACUGCCCUUUGUGUGUUCCACCUAAGAGAGAAUGCAGCCUUCAAGGGGGCAGGGGUAAGUGUGGUCCCAGGCCCUGUGGUCCCCUCCUAAGAAAGUUCCCGGGUCUGCCGGUCCAGUUCCCACCUUUUCCCUGUGCUGUCUGGGAUGGUGGGUGGACUGCUGCUGAGUGGUGGGACCUAGAAGACCCAUAGUGACCUAGAGGAGGCAUUGCCCAGAGCUCCUAACUGGGGUGGGGUGCAAAGGCAAGUGGGUGAGGGAGGCAGAGAGAAACUGAUUAGUCACUCACACGUCAAUAGUCCAGCUGUGUGCCUACCUCUCUCACGCACUUCAUGGGGAUUAUUUCCUAGAAUUCCCACAAUAGCCCCUUCGCAGGUGAUGCAAGUGUUAUCUACGACGUGCACAUGAGGAAACUGAGGCACACAGUCAUUACUCGAUGCACGCACGGGCCCACAGUUGGGGAGGACAGAGGCUGGAUCCAGCCCAGCCCCUGGUCUCCCAGGGCCAGGACCAAUGCUCCUGCCUCUCUGAGAAGGAUAAAAAGGAGGGAGUGGGAAGGGAGAUAUUCCCAGGCAACUACCAUGAGACCUUCCAGCAGAGAGGCUUGAAAACGUUUUGUGUGUGUGUGCGCGGUGUGCAAAGGAAUUCCCCUUUGGUGUCGCUUUGAAAGAUUUCGGGAAGAUUUAAACUGCUUUUCAGUGAUUUGGGGAUGUCAGCCUGGUGUUUUCUUGAGCGUGACACCAUGAUGAGACUGGCCCCCAAGGCAGCCCCGUUUUACUCAGGUUACGGUAAUAGAACUGCAGCCUCUGCUGACUGAGCGCUCAUCCUGGGGUCCAUGCCGGACUCAGCCUUGACUCAGAUGCCCGCCCUGAGCCCCACCUGAGAAAGGGAUUAUUUCAUCCCUGCAUAAUUUCCUUACAGCUGAUGUCAGAAUCUGCUUGUCUCUAAACUCACCCCUUGAUAGGAAUGAGCUUGGUGAGGGCUCCAAUCUGGUCUCUCCCAUUCAUUGCUGAGUCCCUGGUACCCCAAAUGGAGCAGCUAGUCAAUAAAGCUUUGCUGGACACAUUUCAGAUGAAGAGACUGAGGGUCAGAGAGGUCACAUGGCUUGCUUGGAAGAAACAUCAGUUUUGUCAGGCUCAAGAGUCCAUUUCUGACUCCCACGUCACAAACCAAGAGAGCCUCAGAGCCUGAAUCUUCCCCACUCCACCCAUUCUCAGACCUUGUACUAAAACCAGUGAGCCCUCUGAACUGCUUCGUGCUCCCCAGCCUUUUCCUUGCUUAUCUGGGAAUCAGGCAAAAGUUGGCCAGAGUGAGCUCAGUCUCAGGGAAGUUGCAUUCUGCUGGAGUCUCUUGGAUGUCCCUGUUUUGCGUGACCUGAUUCAAAUUUUCCAUCUUUGUCACUUUGUUUCCCACUCUGAGAAGUUUUCUCACUGUGUGUCACCUUGCUAUGUGAUGACUGGCUUGGGUAAUUCACAUGUGCAUUUGAUACCUGCUGCUUAUCUUCUGUGGGGCCCCUGGUCCAGGGGGAUUUCAGCAGGUGUCUUGGUGAGACUGGGGUUAUAAUCAGACCCUCUCAGGGUUAGAGCUUGGCCCUAUCACUGAGUGACCUUGGGAGUCUCGCUGUACCUGGAUUCCUCACUUGCCUAACUGGAAUGGACAGGUUAGGCUCCUAGAUGGACAGUGUCUUGCUCGAUACCUGGUCAGAUACUGCCGUCACUCACUGCCUGAGAUGCCCUGCACGUGGGUUUUAGAGUUCGCUGGUUUCUGUUUGUCCUCUGCGAAUGUCCGACCAUGUACAGACUGAUGCAUUUUUCCAGGUACAAGAUCCUGACACAGUCUCUCUCCUCAAAUGACCAUGAGCAUCCCUGGAUUCAGAGAGCCCCGGGUGUGGGGAGCUGACACAGGCAUGAGGGCUGGGUCUGUCUGCCAGGAUUCUGGGCUCAGGGAGGAGGGCAAGGUCCCAGGAGGUCUUCUCUUUUCUCUUUACCCUGAACCGUUUGGAAGUUGGUUUCCAAAUUCCUGAAUUCCUGCUCCUUAAUAUGUGGCCCAGAACAGCGCUAGGCCAGGCAGCAGGAGCUUGGUGGGUGUUGAUCUGCUGGGGAAUGGGAAAAGGAAUAGAAAUGUCAAGCUUUCCCUUAAAAACAAAACAAAAACAGGGCUGGGCGUCGUGGCUCACACCUGUAGUCCCAGCACUUUGGGAGGUCGGUGUGGGUGGAUCACCUGGGGUCGGGAGUUCCAGACCAACCUGGCCAACAUCGAGAAACCCCUCCUCUACUUAAAAAAAAAAAAUUAGCUGGGCGUGAUGAUACGUGCCUGUAAUCCCAGCUACUUGAGAGGCUGAGGCAGGAGAAUCGCUUGAACCUGGGAGGUGGAGGUUGUGGUGAGCAGAAAUGGUGCCAUUGCACUCUAGCCUGGGCAACAAGAGUGAAACUCCAUCUCAAAAAAAAAAAGAGAGAGUACAAGGCCGGGCGUGGUGGCUCACGCCUGUAAUCCCAGCACUUUGGAAGGCCGAGGCGGGUGGAUCACAAGGUCAAGAGAUUGAGACCAUCCUGGUAAACAGGGUGAAACCCCGUCUCUACUAAAAAUACAAAAAAUUAGCUGGGCAUGGUGGCGCGCGCUUGUAAUCCCAGCUACUCAGGAGGCUGAGGCAGGAGAAUUGCCUGAACCCAGGAGGCAGAGGUUGCGGUGAGCCGAGAUCGCGCCAUUGCACUCCAGCCUGGGUAACAAGAGCGAAACUCAGUCUCAAAAAAAAAAAAGAAUACAAAAACAAACCCUCACAUUUCCCACCAAUAACACACCAUUGUUAUUCCUAUUCUUUAAGAAACAAUGUUUUGGAAAAGCAUCUGCCUGAACACAAGGCAAUACCAACACCUUCCUUGUGCCAACGUUGCAUGGGGCGUGCCAGCCAGUGAGGCCCCACUUAUGGGGAGGUAGGUCUGUGCUCUGUGAGGUGCCAGCCUCUUCACUGCCCAGGUCGUCCUCACCUCCACCCCGGAGGUGCAGCAGGCUAGGACUGCCAUUUCCCAGAUGAGGAAUAUGAGGCACAGAGAGCUGAGGGGCCAGACUGAAGGUCCCACAGUGAGAAGCUUGGGGAGCCCAGUUGUGGGCUGAGCCCCAGGUGCUCCUGUGAGCAGGCUAGAGUCCUGGUCUUCGGCGAGGCUCAGCUUGGUGGGGGAGCCAAGCCCAGACAGACUUUGAGUUCUGGCAGCCGGGCACAGGGGGAGCCUUCUGGGAACAAGUGUGAAUCACACAUGGUCCCUGUCCUGGAGUCCCUCACAUCUCCCAGGAGAGGGGGACACAGCCACAGACUGGGAACACAUGGGCCUAAGAGGGGCCACCCAGGUCUGCCGAACUGAUCCAUCCCAUACAAAAUCGCUGAAAAGACCCCCACAGACCUUGCUUAAGAAUAGUCUUCUUGGCUGGGCACCGUGGCUCACACCUAUAAUCUCAGCACUUUGGGAGGCCAAGAUGGAUGGAUCACUUGAGGCCAGGAGUUCAAGACCAGCCUGGCCAACAUGGAGAAACCCUGUCUCUACUAAAAAUACAAAAAAUUAGCUGGGUGUGGUGACACACGCCUAUAAUCCCAGCUAUUCAGGAGGCUGAGGUAGGAGAAUAGCUUGAGCCUGGGAGGCAUUGAGCAGAAAUCAUGCCACUGCACUCCAUCCAGCCUGGGUGACAGAGAAAUAUUGCAUUUCAAAAAAAAAGUCUCCUGGGCCAGGCUCGGUGGCUUGUGCCUGUAAUCCCAGCACUUUGGGAGGCUGAGGCGAGCAGAUCCCGAGGUCAGGAGAUCAAGACCAUCCUGGCUAACAUGGUGAAACCCCAUCUUUACUAAAAACACAAAAAAUUAGCUGGGUGUGGUGGCACAUACCUGUAGUCCCAGCUACUUGGGAGGCUGAGGCACGGGAACUGCUUGAACCUGGGAGGUGGAGGUUGCAGUGAGCCGAGAUUGCACCACUGCACUCUAGCCUGGGUGACAAAGUGAGAUUCCAUCUCAAAAAAAAAAAAAAUCUUUUAUUGGUAUGUGCCCAACAGAGUUCGGGUCCUUCAUGGUGGGUGGAUGGUGCAUCUUUUACAUCUUGAAGUGGACUCCUUUGAGCCAUAUUUAAAACCCAGUUGGUUUUUCCUUCCCGAGAAUGUCCUAGUCUGUGGUCCUGGAGACCUCUGGGCUUGGGUCUCCAGCUACUAGACAAGUAAAAACCGUGUCUCAGAAGCCCCUUGUAGGCCAGGCAUGCACCUGUAAUCCCAACACUUAGGGAGGCUGAGGCAGGAGGAUUGUUUGAGCCCAGGAGUUUGAGACCAGCCUGGACAACAUGGUGAGACCCUGUCGCUACAAAAACGAAGACAAUUAGUGGGACAUGGUGGUGCGCACCUGUAGUCCCAGCUCCUCAGAGGCUGAGGUAAGAAGAUCACUUGAGCCCCGGAGGUCAGGUGAGCCGUGCAGUGAGCCGUGAUUGUGACGCUGGACUCCAGCCUGGGCGACACAGCAAGAUUCUGUCAAAAAAAAAAAAAAAAGAAGACCUUGGCUGUGGCCGGGUGAGAUUGCUCACAUCUGUAAUCCCAGCACUUUGGGAGACCACUGAGGUGGGCAGAUCACGAGGUCAAGAGAUCCACAUGAUGAAACUCUGCCUCUACUAAAAAUAUAAAAAUUAGCUGGGUGUGGUGACGUGUGCCUGUAAUCCCAGCUCCUCGGGAGGAUGGUGCAGGAGAAUUGCUUGAACCCAGGAGGACAGGUUGCAGUGAGCUGAGAUCGCGCCACUGCACUCCAGCCUGGUGACAAAGAGACUCCGUCAAAAAAACAAGAAAAAAGAAAAGAAGCCCUUGUGUCCCUCCCCUGCAAUCCUGUGCCCAGAGGUUGCUUUCAGUCCAGAAUGGAGAAGACACAUUCCGGUUGUCCUGGGCUCUGGGGACCCCACCUCCUCCAGGCUGCUGGCAGUUGGAGGAAACGCAUCUGGGCCAGAGACUGCGAGCUGAAGUCGCCAGUUGAUUGCAGCACCUGCUGUGUCCAUCUGUCCAUCUGUCCUUCCAGCUCUCACCUGUAACCUCUGCACUCUCCUGACCAGUAUCUCCAAGGCCGCCAACCUCCUGUGGCUGUGGGGUGGAAGUGAGAGGGGUCAGGGAGGGAAGAGGUCUGCGGGGGAAAGAGCCAGAGAAGCAGCUGGGGAGGAAGCGCCACAGAUACCUCACUCCCUGGAAUGCUUCUGGGCUGGCUGCACCCCCACCCUUGGUGCAGGUUUCUACAAGAAAUUCAAAUGUGUCUGUGGCUGGAUUCUGCCAGGCUCCCUGCAAACAAGAGCCCACAUGUCCUUGAGGACAGCUUGCAAGAGAACCUGGGGUGAGGAGCGUCUAGUGACAACCCAGGAUGCGUGCACCAGGGGCUCCUUCCCAUCCUGGGCCUCCCAGGGCAUGCCCCAAUCGCCAGCAGGGCUGGGUGGGAAUGGAGAAGCACGGGCUUUAUUUUAAAGAAAAGAUGGGCCGGGUGUGGUGGGUCAUGCCUGUAAUCCCAGCACUUUGGGAGGCCAAGGCAGACAGAUCACGAGGUCGGGAGUUUGAGACCAGCCUAGCCAACGUGGUAAAACCCUGUCUCUACUAAAGAUACAAAAACAGAACAAAACAAAAUUAGCCAGGCAUGGUGGCAGGUGCCUGUAAUCCCAGCUACUUGGGACCUUGGGGCAGGAGAAACACUUGAACCUGGUAGGUGGAGCUUGCAGUGAGCCAAGAUUGUGCCAUUGCACUCCAGCCUGGGUGACAGGGUGAGACUCCAUCUCAAAAAAAAAGAAAAAGAAAAGAAAAGAGAGCAGGUGCCAUUGCUAAAAAAUAAUCCAGACAAAUGCCCUCCCUUCCGCACCUCAAAUUUCUCAACUAAUUCCUCUCUCUGUUCGCACUGGGAAAGUCCCUCCUUCUGUUAUUUGCCCCAAGGCCCAUGUUUGCCCAACAAGCAAACUGCAUUUGUUAAGCAAUAGAAGCCUCUCAUUUUUGGGUUAGUGAAGGGCGGAGAUGAUGCCUGUUAACUCCCAUCAGCUCCAGGCAGACUGAACAGCCCCAGUGAGCUGUUACCCUCCCACCCAAAGCAAAGGAAUUUGGUGGAGGAAGCCUGGGCCGCCUGGCCCACAG